AUGUACGGCUGCUUAAUUUUCUUUCAAUAUUAAAUACGUAAGGACAUGUGCUACAUGCGAAACGUAAUCCUGCCAAAGCUUCUUCCACUCGAAGCACAUUACCACAUGUCGGACAGAACAUCAACAUCGUGUUUUCAGUCAUGAAUGAUUGGUCGAGUUUUUAAAUUUUAUUUCAUUGAAUGAAAAAAACAAAAUAAAAUUAAUUAUUAAAAAUAUAUAUUUUACAAAACAUAAAUUAACUAUAAGAAAUUUUUAUUGUAUAUAUAUUUCAACAUGUUUCAACGUUAUAAAAAUUUAUAUUUAGCGUCAAAUAUACAAUCAAGAUAUAAAAGCUUCUUAAAUUCUUCAAAAAUUGAAAUAAAGGAAAAACAAAAUUUAUUAUUUGAAAAAGAGAAGAAAAAACAAAGGAUUGCAGUAGGAAGGAUUGAAAAGAUAGAAGUCAAAUAUCAAUCUCCUGUGGAAGAAAUAACUCUUAUAAUGAAUAAAUAUAUAUCAACUCCUACAGAUUGUGCAAGACAUAUCUCUGAAGGUUUAUCUAAAGUAUCUGCUCUUGCUUUAGUUAAUGGAUCACCGUGGGAUAUGAACAAACCUUUAACAUCAGACUGUAAAUUAAAAUUAUUAAAUUUGCUUAGUCCAGAAAACAAAAUAGUGAAUUCAGCAUUUUGGCGAACUUGUUCUUUUAUUUUGGGUGCUGUUAUAGAUAUGGCAUUUAAGCCAGAUAUAAAAAUUCAUUUACAUAGUUUUCCAAUACCAGUCAUAAAAUCAGGCAGUUUCGUAUAUGAUGUAUAUCUUGAUUUAAUUAAUUGGAAGCCUACAGAUCAAGAAAUGCGUGCAUUAUCUGCUCAGUAUAUAAAACUAAUAAAUCAGGAAUUACCUAUAGAGAGAAUAGAUACUACAGAAAGCAUAGCACUUGAUAUAUUCCAGGAUAAUCCUAUAAAAUUAACACAAAUACCAGAAAUUGUAAAAUCUAACAACAAUAAAAUUACUUUAUAUAGAAUUGGAAAUCAUAUAGAUAUUAGUAAAGGACCUAUGAUAGGAAAUACUUCAUUAGUAGGACGCUGUACGAUUGCCGCUGUUCAUGAAAUUCCGGAUAAAGAAAAUCUAUAUAGAUUUCAAGGUAUAGCACUACCUAAAGGAAUUCUUUUGAAUCAAUUUGCUUAUGGUUUAUUGGAAAAUCGCGCUAAGAAAUUGAACACUACAACAUGGUCAGUUUUAUCGGAGACAAGUCACGAGGAAGAAACUUCUACCGAAAUGUAUAGUAGAAAUUAAUUUUUAUAUUAAAUAUAUAAUAUAAAUAAAAGUGCAUAGUUUCAGUACUCAACUUAGUAAUUUCUUAUCUGUAUAAUAUGUUAUAAUAAAAUAAUAUUUAUAUA